UUAAGAGGGACGUGCGCGAUGAGUCCCCGCACUCGCAGGCGGCCGUGCGGCAAUGACGGUGUAGAACCCGCAGACCUCGGCGCGGCCUUCCCUAUGGACUGCCUGUGCGCUUUCUUCUGUAGCAAAGUAGGUGCAUGGGAUCCCACUCCAGCCUAUCAGUGAAGCAGACUACAGAAGCGGAGAAGGAGAGAGGUUGAGUCCUCUGAGGUCCGUGGAUGGAGCGCAUGAACUGGGAUUGCUGCAACUUUUCUUGUAGCUCACCUGUGACUUUGAAUAGCAGAGAUUAUUUUCACUCGAAGUUGCUAUAUGGCAGAAACUAGAUGAACGCCGAUAUUGUUGCACUUUAACUGGUCCCCUCCGCGGAUGUCCAGGGCCUGGUGGCAGGGCGCCAGGAGCAGCGAGCAGAGCCCAGUCGACCAUGGCUCCCGCCCGGGAAGGCGGCCUGGCCCGGCGCCUCCUCUCCCUGCAGGGGCUCUUCGCCCUGCUGUCGGGGGGCGUGCCCCGGGAGGGGGCCGGGGCCCGGACCUCAGGGGCCGGCUGCCACAGCACGGAGCAUCCCGUCUUCUCGUACUCGGAAAUCGAGCCGUGGAUCCAUAGGUUCAGCGAAGAAGACACUGUGGAUUACUCACAGCUGACCUUUGACCCCGGCCAAAGUGAACUGAUUGUAGGAGCUCGAAAUCGUCUCUUCAGGCUGAGUGUGGUGGACCUGUCGCUGAUUCAGGCCGUGGACUGGCAUUGCGAUGACUUCACCAAGGCCGCCUGCUUCAGUCGCGGUAAAUCUGAGGAGGAGUGUCAGAAUUACGUCCGUGUUCUCCUUGUUAACGGGGACCGGCUCUUUACCUGCGGGACGAAUGCAUUUACUCCUAUUUGCACCAAUCGCACGCUCAGCAACCUGACGCUGGUCCACGAUCAGAUCAGCGGCAUGGCGCGGUGCCCCUACAGCCCUCUGCACAACUCCACCGCCCUCCUCACUGCCUCCGGCGAGCUCUACGCCGCCACGGCCAUGGACUUCUCGGGUCGCGAUCCCGCCAUCUACCGCAGCCUGGGGGCUCUGCCUCCACUCCGCACCGCGCAGUACAACUCAAAAUGGCUCAACGAACCCAACUUCGUGUCGUCCUACGACAUCGGCAACUUCACCUACUUCUUCUUCCGGGAGAACGCCGUGGAGCACGACUGCGGCCGGACGGUGUUCUCGCGCGCGGCUCGCGUCUGCAAGAACGACGUCGGGGGGCGUUUCCUGCUGGAGGACACGUGGACCACCUUCAUGAAGGCGCGCCUGAACUGCUCCCGGCCAGGCGACAUCCCCUUCUACUACCACGAGCUGCAGGGCACCUUCUACCUGCCCAAGCUGCAACUCCUCUACGCGGUCUUCACCACCAAUGUGAACAGCAUCGCUGCCUCCGCCGUGUGCGUUUUCAAUCUCAGCGCAAUUACCCAAGUGUUCAAUGGACCAUUCAAGUACCAGGAGAACUCGCGCUCGGCCUGGCUGCCUUAUCCCAACCCCAACCCCGACUUCCAGUGCGGCACAAUCGACUACGGCAGCAACGUGAACCUGACGGAGAGGAGCCUGCAGGACGCGCAGAAGUUCAUCCUGAUGCAGGACGUGGUGCAGCCGCUGGGGCCCAGGCCCACCUUCACGGAGGACAACGUGCGCUUCACGCACCUGGUGGUGGACGUGGUCCAGGGCAAGAACAGGCUCUUCCACAUCAUCUACCUGGCCACAGAUUACGGGACCAUCAGGAAGGUGCUCUCCCCACUCAACCAAUCGACGGGCAGCUGUCUGCUGGACGAGAUCGAGCUCUUCCCGCCGGGCCGGAGGCAGCCAAUCAGGAGCCUGCUGCUUCAGCACGGCCGCAGCGUGCUCUUUGUGGGUGUCCAGGAUCAGGUGAUCAGGGUGCCGCUGGUGCGCUGCGGCUUCCACAGGACUCGUGAGGCCUGUCUGGGGGCCCGGGACCCCUACUGCGGCUGGGACCUGGGUCUGAGGCGCUGCACGGCGCUGGAGGAGAGCCUCAGCAUGAAGCAGUGGGAGCAGAACAUCAGGGAGUGCCCUAGGAAAAAUGUCACGGUGGACGGUGGCUUUGGCGCCUGGUCGGGCUGGAAGGUGUGCGGCCACAGCGACGGCGGCGCCGUGGGCUCCUGCCUCUGCCGGACGCGGGCCUGUGACACCCCCCCGCCGCAGUGCGGGGGCCAGCCGUGCAUGGGCUCUGCUGCAGAGGUCACCAACUGCUCCAGGAACGGAGCGUGGACGCCGUGGACCCCAUGGGCACCUUGCAGCACCAGCUGCGGCAUCGGCUUCCAGGUCCGCCGGCGCUCCUGCAGCAACCCCAGCCCUCGACACGGGGGCCGUGUGUGCGUGGGCCAGAACCGCGAGGAGAGGUACUGCAACGAGCAUCUGCCCUGCCCACCGCACGUUUAUUGGUCCAGCUGGUCGCCGUGGGAACGCUGCACGGUUCCAUGCGGUGGAGGGCUCCAGGCACGGCGCAGGACCUGCGAGAACGGCGACGACUGCGCUGGAUGCGGCCUGGUACCCAUGCGGCCGAUGAGCUCCCAACGCUAGACUCCCUCGAUUCAUAUCGGAGGAAUUUAUGCAAAAUUAUCACGCUAAGCUGUUCCUCCACAUAUCUCGUAUUCUGUGUACUAGUGUCAGGCAGCUGUUUGGUUUACCAUACUCAGCAAUCUCAUUCAUGAUUCUGCUGCAACACACUGCCUGGCAGCUCAUAACGACGCGAUAUCCCAGUAUCCUUAGCUAGAAAUGAUUACCGCAUUGAAACUGACGGUGCGGUUUCACGAGGGUAAAUUGAGCAUUUAAUCUGACAUAUCUACACCGCCACCAACGCUCUCCCAGCACUCUCCCCAGACUCGAAUGAAAAUGAAACACAAAUCUCAAUUAUCUGGCGCGCCUCUGCAAAACCGCUAGCAUCCUCUGUAAAUUCAUGACAGUCAAAGCAGACGACUCCUCCAGCUCAACCGGCUGGUGAAAUCAAGCCCAUGCGCUGGUCAGUUGAGCAAAUAUUAUUUGUCCUGUCAAACGAGGAUUUACUCUGUUAUCUGGGCUCCAUUUGUGCAACUAGACGUUUGUUAGCAUUCUGACACCCGCUGCUGUUGACUUUUGUCUGUGUGCCAAGAGCAAGUUUGUCUUGCGCUCUGUUUGGACUUGUUUGUAAAAGUGUGGGGUUUGUAACGCACAUCUCUCCGUGGAAAGAGACGCUGCCUCAUGGCAAGGAAGAGGGAUGAAAGAGGCCAUGCUACUGUCAGCUUGGACUUCAGAGAAAAGGGCGAGCUUGUUAUUUUGAAGCCGUUUUGGUAGUGAAACCAAGGAUAAUAAACACGCACAUUUUUUGCAGUAUUGACUAAAUUAAAUGUGUAAAUGUGGACAGUUUUGUUUGCCAAAAGUUAUACAGCUAGACAGCUUUGAACGUACUGAUUUGAUAAGAGCCAGAGAGGUCUGCAAUUACGGCGGUCAUUCGGUCUUCAACUCCAGGCAGGAAGACCCUUUAUCUGUGAUCAUCAACGGUGUAUUUUUUUAAAUUGCAGAAGACAAUUUACCCCAAGACCAUGGAAAGAGUUUGUGCAAAGAACCAUGACGUACAGCUUUUUUUGUUUUCCUAUGUAUAGCCGUCCUUGGCCCAAGACUGGCCCUAUCUUUAUGAGAACUCCAAAGGCUGUCAUUGAGAUCAUCUCACCCUUACAAUUACAUGUCGGUAUGUGUGUGUGUGUAUAUUUUCCAUGGAGAUCCAUUGUACAAUUGAAAGGAAGCUUCUGGUCUCUUUAAGCAGCAUUUA